AUGGUUUUUCAGUUUCGAAUAGAGACAGUGAGCCCUAAAAAUGAUAUAUUAGCCCCUCAAAACACAAAAACCACCCCUCCAGCCACCCCAAAAACUUACACUUGGAAAAAAAAAUUUAAGAUAAAAUCCUUCCAAGGGCCCUUUGAAGCUGGCGAUUUUUUGACUCCCACAAUACCCCCACACAAUAUAAAAAAUCACCAAAGCAUUAGCUGCCCCAGAACUACCCCCCCAGCCACCCCAAACACUUACGACAUUAAAAAAAAAAUUCUGAAAAAAUCCUUCCGAGAGCCCUUUGAAGCUGGCGAUUUUUUGACUCAUAAAAUACCCCUACACAAUAUAAAAAAUCACCAAAGCAUUAGCUGCCCCAGAACUACCCCCCCAGCCACCCCAAACACUUACGACAUUAAAAAAAAAAUUCUGAAAAAAUCCUUCCGAGAGCCCUUUGAAGCUGGCGAUUUUUUGACUCAUAAAAUACCCCUACACAAUAUAAAAAAUCACCAAAGCAUUAGCUGCCCCAGAACUACCCCCCCAGCCACCCCAAACACUUACGACAUUAAAAAAAAAAUUCUGAAAAAAUCCUUCCGAGAGCCCUUUGAAGCUGGCGAUUUUUUCUGCCCCAGAACUACCCCCCCAGCCACCCCAAACACUUAUGACAUUAAAAAAAAAAUUCUGAAAAAAUCCUUCCGAGAGCCCUUUGAAGCUGGCGAUUUUUUGUAG